AUGGUAUAUUGUGGCAAGGCAUCCCAGGGUUGCCAGAGUUGUCGGACAAGACGCAUCAAGUUUUCGGCAAUCCUCGAGGACAAGGGCCUCAAGAGACAUCCCAUGCUGACCCGAAUUAGUGCGACAAAGUCCAACCGCAAUGCACGCAAUGUUCGAAAGACAAGCGCAGGAAAGCGUUUGGUAAAGGAGAUAUACGCUACUCCUGUCGAGAAAGGCAUCCAAUUCUAUCUUGAGCACUACGUAAUCGGGCUUCCGGACGAGCCGAGGGCAGGUCACGAGCUCCAAGGGGUAAAAUGGUUUCACUCGCGGGCAACGCGCGACAUCAUAGCCGCCGUGGGACUGGCCGGCCUGUCAAAUCUCACUGGCGAUAAGGAGCUGAGCACGCUGUCGAGGUAUCAUUACGGUCUCGCCCUGCGCAAUGUGUCUUCUUCCGUCCGAGAUCCGAGAAGUCUCGAACUGGACCUUGUAAUGCGAACCGUGGUGAUGAUGGCCAUGUACGAGGUCAUACGUGGCGGGAACGAGCCUUCGAGUCCCGCGCGAACACACGUCAUGGGCGGUGCCGCCAUCUUGAACAACUCUCUACCCCUGCCGCAGUCGCCAGCGGAUGGUCCUCGAGGGCUCCUACAGCUGUGUUUCUCGAUGGUCUCGUCAAGGCAGGGUUCCUUCCAGCACUCUUCGCUAGAACCGAACGUCGUGAUCCCCACCCACAUCGACCGCCAUUGCGAGGGGGCUCUCCCCGGCACCUUCUUCAGCUGGAUCGCGACCAUCGACAGCACGGUAUCAGAAUGUGACCUGCCGUCAGCCGAACUCAUCAAAGUCAUUGCACGUUUCGUCCAGCUGUCAGCCCUCGUCCGCAGCCAACCGCAUCUCGACGGGCGCCCCAAAACAGCCACACUGAUUCGCGAAGCACUGGAGAUCAACCGGGACCUUGAGGCAUGGGAGGGGCGGCAAGAGGGUAUAUGGGCGGUUAUCGAAGAGCGCACCGACGACGACGACUUUUUCCCUUCCGAGGCCGUCCUCGACGGCUGCUAUCACGUCUACGACAACACAUACAUCGCGCGAGUCUGGAACCACUACCGCUGGGCCCACAUCCUCGUCAACCAACUCCUCCUCGAGAGCGUAGCCCGCUUCCCCACCAGUAGCGCGCCCCUGAUCCCCCCCGAGCAGCAAACACGCUCCCUCAGCUGGAUCCGACGACUGGCGCGCGACAUUCUGGUCUCCAUCCCGACGCACUACCGGCACCCCACGCUGCAGCCGACCCACUGGGAUUGCUUUGACAAGACGAAGCGCGGUGCUGUGAUCGGGCUGGCCGGCGUGCCGACGCUGAUGUUCGAGGUGAAAAUCGCUGGUUGUGCGCCCGGCGUGCCGACCCGCCACCGCGCGUGGGCGUUGAACAUGCUCGAGACGGCGUACAAGGAUACGGGCAUGUUUCAGGCGAAGGCGAUGGCGGGGUUUCUGGGGAAGGUGGUGGAGCAGGAGCGGAAGCGGGAGCGGGAGCGAGAGCGGGAGGGGGGGUCGUCUCCGUCAAAUACGAAUGCUGGGAAUGUUGGGGAGGGGGCGGUGAGGUGA